AUGGAUGAACAGAUAAUUUCGGCGAUUCAAAUCGCCUACGACCCCUCCGCAGACCAAGCCCUCAAACGACAGGCCUUUGAAUAUGUCAAUCAACUGAGGCAAGAGCCUUCUGCAUGGCAGCCAUGUCUGUCCAUAUCAUUACAAGUCCCUCGUCAGCCCAUGGUCAUUCGAGUUUACUGCCUCGAGAUCGUCAACAAUGCAGUCCAAGGAGGCCUGGUGGAUCAACAAGGCCUGAAAACCAUCAAAAAUCAGCUCAUGACAUAUCUGCAAAAGUUCUAUGGGGCAGCAGGCCAGACAGACGUGCCAGAUCCUGGGACAAUCGUCAACAAGUUUGCCCAGACAGUGACAUUCCUAUUCUCAGUCUUUUAUGGCUCCGGCUGGGAGACUUGCUUUGACGAUUUGUUGGCUCUUACCACAACAGGAACCGGCUCAAAGGACAACUACCCGGGGCUAGUCUUCUAUCUAACAGUCCUCAAUGCUAUUCACGAUGAAAUUGGAGAUCAGCUGCUUUCCAGGUCUCGUGCUGAGCAGGACAGGGCAAAUACUUUGAAAGAUUUGAUUCGAGCCCGAGAUGUUCAAAAAAUCGCCCGGUCAUGGGAGGAGAUCUUGUCCCACUGGGGGACUACAAAUGAUGUCGUGGCCGAGCUGUGUCUGAAAGCCGUUGGGAAAUGGGUUAGCUGGAUCGAUAUCUCGUUCGUGGUGAAUCAGCCGAUGCUCGAGCUACUAUUUCAGCAGCUGGAACGGGCCCAAAAAGUCGAUCCUCGCAAAAGUGAGGAGCAAGCAAGAGAUGCAGCCAUUGAUGUAUUCACGGAGACGGUCGCAAAGAAGAUGCCAUCCGCGGACAAAGUGAACAUGAUCACCUUUCUAAAUCUCGAAACAGUGGUUUCACGUCUUGUGACCUGCCCACCUUUGAGCGACAGCAGAGCCUCAAAUUAUGAUGUCGACCUUGCUGAAACAGUUGCCAAAUUGGUCAACACCACAACCAUGGACAUCGUCAAAGUGCUGGAAACAGAGAAUCAAGGCUCGGAAACCUGGGCAAAGGCCGAACAGCUCCUGGCCUCGUUUCUACCACAUCUGCUUAGAUUCUUCUCCGACAUAUUCGACGAAGUCUGUUCGACGGUGCUCAAUGCCAUGAACGAUGUUCUCACAUUCCUAAGACGUGCUAGCCAGGGAGAGGCCGCCUCUGUCCAAAGAGCAGCAAUGCUCCUACCCAUUCUCAAGGCAAUAUUCAUCAAGAUGAGGUACGAUGACACUGCCGACUGGGGCCAGGAAGACGAGCAGACAGAUGAAGCAGAGUUCCAGGAGUUGAGAAAAAGAUUAGCAGCCUUGCAGUCAGCAAUUGCUGCCGCGGAUGAGCAGCUCUACAUUGAUGCAAUUUCGGCGCUGGUUCAUGACACAUUUCAGCGGCUACGAUCAGAAGGAUCCCAGCUCAACUGGCGAGAUCUAGAUCUUGCCUUGCAUGAAGUCUAUCUGAUGGGAGAUUUGGCUGUGAGGGGAGGAGGCUUGUACCAGAAGAACAAGCCAAACUCGCCGGUCGCAGAAAAGCUGGUCCGGAUGAUGCUGGAAAUGGUGCAGUCAAAUACAGGCUCCUUCGCACACCCUGCCAUACAGCUGCAGUACAUGGAAAUAAGCGUCAGAUACAACUCGUUCUUCGAGAAGCAUUCCGAGUACAUUCAGCCGGUUUUGCGAAACUUCCUCGAGCUCGCCCACCAUCCAAGCCUGAAAGUCAAGGCGCGAGCAUGGUAUCUCCUUCAACGCCUGGUGCGUCAACUUCGCGCUUUUGUGGGAAACGCGGCCGAAGCGGUCGUGCAGAGGCUCCAGGAUCUCCUGGUCAUACGAGCGGAAUUGCCGACCGAGGAAGACAAUGAUAUGUCUUCCAACGAUGAUUCAGCCGCUGACUCUACCUUCACCAGCCAGCUGUAUCUCUUUGAGGCUGUUGGUUGCAUCUGUGGUGCAGCCACAGUCCCUCCAGGCAAGCAAGUACAAUAUCUAUCUGCCGUCAUGCAGCCGCUCUUCGCCGAUAUCGAGCGUAACCUGGAACCGGCUAGAUCGGGCAAUGAACUUGCCAGCCUUCAAGUCCAUCAUGGUAUCAUGGCGCUGGGUACAAUUGCUCGAGGCUUCUCCGACUUCAAUCCCGGAAUUACGACUCAAGGGAGCGGAGUGGAGCCGUCGCCACAGGCGAAACAGGCAUUUGCACAAGUCGCCGAGGUGACUCUUGUCUCUCUGACAGCCCUCAACUCGUCCUUCCAGAUCAGAACCGCUGCAAGGUUCGCGUUUUCACGGCUGAUUGGGAUGGUCGGUACCCAAAUGAUGCAACAGUUGCCCCAAUGGGUCGACGGUUUAUUGACAGACUCUUCUACCAGAGACGAAAUGGCACUCUUCCUCCGACUUCUGGACCAGGUCAUUUUUGGCUUCAAGAACGACAUACAAGACUUUCUCGACCGGCUGUUCUCAGGACUGCUUCAAAGAGUCUUUGCUGGCAUAUCCGCAGCCACUUCAGGAACGGACGAUGAAAUAGAGUUGGCAGAGCUGAAGCGAGAGUAUCUUAACUUCCUAAUGGUCAUCCUCGGGAAUGACCUCAGCGCGAUUUUGGUCAGCGCCAGAAACCAACCGAUCUUUGAAUCAGUGAUCAGCUCCAUCGAGCAUCUCGCGAGAGAUGUGGAAGACUUUCCAACUGCGAAGAUGGCAUUUAUACUGCUUUCUAGGAUGUGCACAGUUUGGGGAGGGCCUGAUGUGGUUUCUGCAACUGGCCGGGUGAACGGCGAUAUCCCUGGCCCGCAGCCCGCCCUUCCGGGCUUUGAUCAAUUCAUGAUCACCCGGUUCUCGCCAUUGUGCUGGGCUUUGCCAACUAAUCCUUCGUUUAAUAGCAAGGAUGCACAGGCGCGACAAGCUCUUUCCGAGGCUGCUGGUCUUCAAAAAACUAUCUACACAAAAACAGGUCAGCAAUACCUGACUUGGUUGCAAGAAAAGGAGUUGAGAACAAUGGGCAUGAAUGAUACCCUGAUCAACGAGUAUUUGCAGAAAUUGGCUACCAUGGAACCGAAGGCGUUCAAAAUCUUUUUUGCGAAGUUUAUCGCACAAGGUGGCCAGAUGUGA